GCUAGGAACAGAAGAACCAGGCAGCACAGCACAGCAGUAGCCUUUCGGAGAUCUCAAGGGCUGAGACAAAGAGAGAUACCAAUGUUUAAUCGACCUUCGAGAUCUCCGAAGUGAGGUUGACCCUUUUCUCUCUCCAUCAAAGCAAAAUUUGUUUCUGCUUUCUCUCCCUAUUUCUCCUUAUUCCUUCAGAUUCAUUUCAUUUCAUUUGAAUUACUCUCCACCAGCAAUCCAAUCCAAUCCAAUCUGUCUGUGAUGUCGGCUAUCUCUUCACCCAACUAUGGUACCCAUUGUAGUAGCACCUUUCAAGUGGCGGGUCGGAUUCGAUACGCCCCAAGGAUGAUUCUUUCUUUGCAAUCUACUCGGAGACCUUCUGGAAUGCUUCAAGUUCAAAAUGUGGCAACAAGAGGGACAACAAACCCAAGCAAAAACCAGACACCACCUAUAAACCUAUCGAAUGAUGGACUUGUCUCUGUUUCACCUCCAGUAAUUUCCAAUGAGGAUGGUGAUGAUUCUACAAGAGUUAUAACAAAGUCAUCAACUGUCACGAUCACUGUCGUUGGAGCAUCUGGUGAUCUUGCUAAAAAGAAGAUAUUUCCUGCACUUUUUGCACUUUACUAUGAGGGUUUCCUUCCUGAGCACUUCACUAUUUUCGGUUAUGCUAGAAGUAAGAUGACUGAUGCUGAACUUAGGAACAUGGUCAGCAAGACUCUCACAUGCCGGAUUGAUAACAGGGAAAACUGUAAUGAGAAGAUGGAGCAAUUCCUAGGAAGAUGUUUUUACCAUUCUGGUAACUAUGAUUCUCAGGAAAAUUUUGCAGAACUUGACAAGAAAUUGUGUCAGCACGAGGAUGGGAGGGUUUCGAAUAGGCUAUUUUACUUAUCAAUUCCACCAAAUAUAUUCAUAGAUGCGGUUAGAUGUGCAAGUGUGUCUGCUUCAUCUUCAAAUGGUUGGAAUAGGGUGAUUGUGGAGAAGCCCUUUGGUAGAGAUUCAGAAUCCUCUGCAACCUUGACCCAUUCUCUGAAGAAAUAUCUGAAAGAGGAACAAAUUUUCAGGAUAGAUCAUUAUUUGGGGAAGGAGCAAGUUGAGAAUUUAUCCGUUCUUCGUUUUUCCAAUCUUAUUUUUGAACCCUUGUGGACAAGACAGUAUAUAAGAAACGUGCAGCUGAUAUUUUCGGAAGAUUUUGGCACUGAAGGGCGUGGAGGAUAUUUUGAUAAUUAUGGGAUAAUGAGGGAUAUAAUGCAAAAUCAUCUCCUUCAGAUUCUCGCUCUUUUUGCCAUGGAAACACCUGUUAGUUUAGAUGCUGAAGAUAUUAGGAAUGAAAAGGUGAAAGUUCUGCGAUCAAUGAGACCGUUGAAACUUGAGGAUGUUGUUAUAGGACAAUAUAAGAGUCAUACUAAAGGAGGUGUGAGUUACCCCGGUUACAUUGACGAUGCAACCGUACCUAAAGGUAGCCUUACACCUACAUUUGCUGCUGCUGCAAUCUUCAUUGAUAAUGCAAGAUGGGAUGGUGUGCCUUUUCUGAUGAAAGCUGGGAAAGCAUUGCAUAAUAGGAGGGCUGAGAUCAGAAUACAAUUCAGGCAUGUGCCGGGAAAUCUUUAUAACAGAAAUCUAGGGGCAGACCUAGAUCAAACGACAAAUGAAUUGGUGAUUCGUGUGCAGCCAGAUGAAGCUAUCUACCUGAAGAUCAAUAAUAAGGUUCCGGGUUUGGGAAUGAGAUUGGACCGAAGCAAUCUGAAUCUUCUAUAUGCCACAAGGUAUUCUAAAGAGAUUCCGGAUGCAUAUGAGAGGCUGUUACUUGAUGCAAUAGAGGGGGAGAGAAGAUUGUUUAUAAGAAGCGACGAACUAGAUGCUGCUUGGUCAUUGUUUACACCUGUCCUAAAGGAACUUGAAGAGAAGAAAAUUAUUCCCGAGUACUACCCUUAUGGAAGUCGAGGACCUGUAGGAGCUCAUUAUCUUGCCGCUAAACACAAUGUCAGGUGGGGUGACCUCGAUGGCGACCAAUAGGAAGACUAUGAUAUGAUAGGACAAGACAAGACAGUGGAAUAAAACAGAACCAUAGAUGUUCUUUUUUUUCUUCUUUUUGUGGGGGAAAGACUAGUGAUUAUUGUUAUUUACUUGUAAUGGCUCUCUAUCUUAGAAGAGUAAAAAUUGUAGUAAAAAUUGAAUGUUGUUACUUGUGUUUGUGUGUUGUAGAAGAAGGAUGUUCAUUUUAUUAUUAUUUGUUUAUGCAAAGGAUGUCAAAUAUGCAAU